AGUCGUCACCAUCUCAUCGCUUAACAAUAGCGGCUAAAACGAGACCCAUCUAGCCUAUCAGACAAGCAGACACUUUCAUUUGCAGUAUUUUCCUGCCACAGGACAGCCCACGAAGCACCAUCUUGCACGACAGCGUCUAAGCACUGCUGACACUAAGUGCACCACAGCAAGGCACCGAGCAGAGCCUCGCGACAAGACGAUGCCGAUCUCCAAGCUGCUCCUGGCCGUCGUGCCCGCGCUCGCUCUGUUACCGGCGACGGUCCGCACGAACCGCGGCCCCGCGCCCCUCCGCACGGCAACCCUAGAAACGGUCGUCGAGCCGCCCGAGGAGCCCCGGAACACCUACUGGUGCGUGCGCCACGGCCAGUCGACCGCCAACGUCGAAAACAUCAUCUCGAGCAACCCCGCGAUCGGCUCCACCAAACACGAGCUCACGGCACUAGGCAAGGAGCAGGCCCACGUCGCGGGUGCGGACUUGUGGGCAAAUCUCUCCGAGCUCGAAGUCCCGCUGGAGGACGUCGUCGUCUACAGCUCGAACUUCACGCGCGCGCGCGAGACGGCCCAGAUCGCCGCGUACGAGAUGCAGCGGCGCGCCCAGAUCGCGGCCGGCGACUGGGAGGCGCCGCCCCUGUUGCAGAUCGGCCUCUUAUCCGAUCUGAGGGAGCGCGACUUCGGCUCCUUAGAUGGGUUGAGUGCAGGAAACUACGACAACGUCUGGCCGCGCGACAUGGCGUCCCCUUUCGACGGCACGGACGGCGUCGAGCCCGUCGCCGACGUCUGCCAGCGCCUCUCGAACAUGGUCGACCUGCUGGAGAAGCGCCACUCCGGCAAGCAGGUCAUAUUAACCGCACACGCGGACGUGAUCCAGAUCUUCCAGACGUGGUUCGCGGGUUGUGAUGUGCGGGCGUUCUCGUCCUACCGCUUCGCGAACGGCGAAGUCAGGCGCUGCGACCGCGCGGGCGAGUGCCUGCCCGUGCCGGCGCCGAUGCAGUCCCAGGCCGCGGCCGCGCUAUAGAUGAGC